AUGGUCUAUAUAGCACUAAGCUGGAUCGUCAUUGAGAUAUUCAUGUAUGCGGUCUGGUGCCAUCCUGUUUCCGAUUAUUGGGCCGUGAAGGUGGACAACUCAGUUCAAUGCACGACUGCGGAACACCAUUUGAUCAUGUCGUUCGUGUUCAACAUAUCGUCCGAUAUUGCCAUGCUCUUUAUUCCAAUACCCUUGAUCGUUAGGUCGAAGAUGUCGACAUUGAAAAAGGUUCUGUUGAGCUGUACUUUUGGUCUUGGCAUCUUCGUGGUGAGACACAACAUGCUUUACCCCCGUGGUUGUAGUGUCAAUGCUCACAAUAAGCAGAUCGCAUGCGCGAUAGGAAAUCGUGUGUACUCCUUCGCAAAUAUUGUCAGUAUCCAAUGGAUUUACUGGUAUGUACGGGAGGCAUCUACGGCUGUGAUAGUGGCGAACAUUCCCAACUGCUACACACUCUUACGCCGAAUCCUUGAUGCUCUUCAGUGCAUGCAUACGGAAAUUGUGGGCAGAGCUCGGCAGCAGUUACCCCACUUCGAUUUCAACGACGGUUCAAUUCGCAGGGGAAAGAGAAAUACAAGCGAGCCGAAUGCAAUCGAGAGUUUAGGGAGCAGUAUGGCUGACAUUUAA